CAGACAAUGGCCAUUCUUGCUAGCCUCACCACCUCUCAGCAUUGUCAAAUGCCAGCCUGAGCACGUCUCCCAGCCGAAUGCCGUCCAGACGUGGCCUGCCGUCCAUGCUGCUACCUCGGUGAUCUUGCCUCGCGUGGUGUCCACCCGCACACCGCAUCCCAGCGCAGCUACAGCAUCGCCGUCGUCGGGCUUACUCUUCGAUGGAGCCCGCGGCGAAGAAGAGGAGACUCGCUCCCAAGGUCGAGGCCCAGGGAAGCCCGACGCCGGCGCAUUAUGCCUAUGAGUCUCCGUCUGCCGUAGUGCCACCGCCCCCCGCUCAAGAUGCAAGCCUCCCACCGCCUCCCGAGAGGCUCGAGUUCGAAUCUUUCGCCAGGCACCUACAGGAUGCGGCUAUGCUCAUAAGCCGACAGACGCAAAAAUCUCUCCACACAAGGGCCUCCGUCUUGAUGCUGCGCUGGGAAGGCAGUGGAGCCGACACACCCGAGGCUGACACGGACACUCUGGAACAUCUCCUUCGCGAUCGUUAUGGCUAUGCGACACAUCGAUACAACAUUCCGAACAGCUCGAAAGCUAGUCUGAAGCUGGGAGUGCGGAUCCAAUCGUUCUUGGAGAGCCAAGGGCCUGAACACCUCUUGAUUGUGUACUAUGCCGGGCACAGUGUUAUGGGUGCGGACAACGAGCUGCAUUGGACCAGUGAAAUUCGUGACGAUGCCCCAAGAAUAGUAUGGAAGGGCCUGCGUUGCUUGUUCGAAGAGUCGUCAUCUGAUAUAUUGUUUCUCUUCGACACGUAUGCGGCUUACGAAGCGCCAUUCCAGCAUAGCGCCAGCGUGCAAGAUGUUCUGGCAUGCGGGACUAUCGACAGCAAGCCUCGCGCACAUGUGGCACACUCAUUUACGGUCCAGCUUGCAGACGCAUUCUACAGGCUUUCGGGCGAGCGAGCCUUCACGCCUGAGCAUUUGUUUCAUUAUAUCGUUAUUCAGCGACGACACGAGCUGGCACAUGCAACAGACUUCCCCAAUGGCACAGGCAGGCUCGAUUUCCAGCACGAUCAUCUGCCGUUGCUCUACAAGUUGGCUGCAGGCACUGGGCGAAGCCUGACGCUUACGCCUUUGCCAUUACCAGAUACAUCAUCCGGAAACCAAUCAGAGGGAGACACUGCGAAAGGUUUUGAAGAUGCAAUCAUACGACCGAGUAUGGUCGCGGGCUUGACGUUUGACGAGCAGAGAGUCUUGGUUUGCACAACCUAUGUUGGCGAGGCGAGUCCGGACAUGUCAUCUUUCCACAACUGGCUCAAGCAAAGGGCUGGGGACGUAUCGACGAUCAGUGUGGAGGGCAUGUUUCUGGGACCACCGACUAUGCUUCUCAUCUCGAUGCCAAUGUCUGUGUGGAACAUUGUCCAGCACGACAAGGUCUGCUGCUAUCUCGGAUAUGUCAGCUCGCACAACAUGACUCAUCUGUACGAACGUUUGAUCCAGUCGCCUGCAAUCAAGACGGCCGUUGCGGAGGAUAUGGAAGCCGGCCGGGUGCUUCUAGCUGCACGGCAUUCAGCUACAGCGAACCAUACUGGUCAGCGACAUGAUGCGUCUUCGAAAACAUCACAGGUACUGCCAGAGACCCCCGUGCGCUUGAACGAGCGACUUGAUCCUCAUAGUCUGCCACGAUCCAAUUCCGCUCGAAAGCCUUUGUACACGCAUUCGUCCAGUCGCCCGGCGAAAUCGGCCAGGCCCGAUCCUGAAGAUUCCGCCGAGAUGAAGGAGGCUGCAGAACAGCUCAGCGCCUUGAGUCAUAUGCGCCAUCUGAGCGAUGAUGCAGGACAAGCGAGCUCGCCCCUUGGGGACCACCGGGCCAAGCGUGACUUUGAUGUCGUCACCCCGGACACCUCGAGUACAUCUAUUGUGCCUGAAAUAAACUCCGCUGGUGGUCACGAUUCAACCCCAUCGAAAGGGAAGCAGCAGCGGCGGAGCCUCACCAAGCAGCUACCACGUCAGGAGACUCGAUGUGAUCAUUGCAGCCACGCACCGUUCAAGGAUACGUCGUCACUGCGCAAGCACAUCGCUGCUGCUCAUACACGGCCGUUCCCAUGCGCAUUCUCGUUCGCAGGAUGCUCGAGCACUUUUGGAUCCAAAAACGAGUGGAAGAGGCAUAUCGCAUCACAGCACUUGUGCCUCACGUACUACCGGUGCACGGCUUGUCCACAGAGCGCCAGCGAGGGCAAGGGCAAUGAGUUUAACCGCAAGGAUCUCUUCACUCAACACUUGCGACGGAUGCAUGCGCCUUUUGCAAUCAAGAAGGCUCUCACGAAAGGCGACAGCAAGCUGCAGAUCGAGUGGGAGACUCAUGUCAAGGAGAUGCAGCAGUCGUGUCUAGUCGUACGGCGGAGACCGCCGCAGCGUUCAGCGUGCCCAAAGCCAGACUGCGCGAGCGUGUUUGAGGGUCCGACAUCGUGGGACGAGUGGACCGAGCAUGUCGGGCGGCACAUGGAGAAGAGUGAAGCCGGGCGUCUGAACGUCGAUCCGCUGCUGGCUCAAUGGGCACUGGAUGAAGGCGUGAUAGAACGCAGGGCCGAUGGCGAGUAUCGACUAUUGAAUGGUAUGGGGUCUUCAUCCCCUGUCGAGGGCGGCGGCGGCGGCAGCGGCAUUGUGAGUAUUAAUCACACGACUGAGGUGUAUCACCGUGAAGCGAAGGAGCAGGCCAACGAUGUUGCUCAGCUUGAUCAUGGCAAGCAGCAUGAACGAGACGAGGAGUACAACCACGUUGGCAAGCAUGACUACAAAGAUGACCUUGAGAAUGAGCGCACUAUCGUGGCUGCCUCGACGCUCAGCACGGCGAUGGAGGUCGAUCGGUGAUGACAGAGGGCCGGCGGCAUGCCGAGUCGCAUGGCGUACUGUUUGUGCAUUUUAGCGGUCAUGCGUAAGAAUUCCUCGAUAGAUGGCACAUAUCACGACGGACACGACGGCAUGGGCCCUCUCUUUGUCCGGCAGGGCACGACCAGAUACGAGGUCUGGCCACGUUGGACGGCAUAGACAUGAGUCGGGGAGGCGUUUUUGAACUUGAGCGACCCUGCAUCUUUGUUUCACAUGGCUUUUUGUUGUUUGAUAUGACUAAAUGACGAAUACAAAUCACGACUGACGACCUAACUGAAUCAACAUAC